AUGGAUAAACAUGAUUAUGACUUACGGGUUCUUGACAUGAUUCGCUCCGGUCCGUAUGAAGAGUAUUGCUUCAAAAAUGGGAAACCUAAAGAUCCGCUUAAUGCAAUGACUGAAGAAGCUAAUUCUGUUCGCCAAAAAGUCACACACUUGAUGGGUGGGGAUAAACUUGAACGAAAAUUGAAUGUACCCAAUCCAAAAGUGGCAUCGUUGUACUGCCUCCCAAAAAUACAUAAAAAUCCAGUGGCGAUGCGGCCGAUUUCGUCUAACAUCUGCACUCCAACUGAAAAAAUGGCUGCUUGGUUGGUUGAAGAAUUGAAAAAAUAUCCCAUAACUCACGGUAAAAAUGUCAACAAUUCGUUUGAGUUGGUAGACCAUUUGAAAGGCUUCGAGGUUAGGCGAGGGGAAAUUCUGGUGUCGUUCGAUGUUACAGCUCUUUUUCCGAACGUGCCAGUAACAGAGGCGGUAAAUAGUUUGCGCAGACAUCUGGAACGGAAACGCGUACCACCCAAUCAGAUCGACGCAUAUCUUUUGGUAACGAAAACCUGUAUGAAUCAGAACUUCUUUCCGUUCAGGGGAAAGUUCUACAAGCAAACGUUCGGUCUCAGUAUGGGUAGCAAGCUAUCGCCACUCUUAGCGGAGGUUUUCAUGAAAGAUUUUGAAACAGAGUUGGCGAAAGAAAAAUUCUUCCCUCGAAUGUGGAAACGCUAUGUAGAUGACAUCUUCGCAGUUGUGAAAGAACGUUACUUGAAGCAGACGUUGGAGUUGUUGAAUUCCCGACAUAGGACGAUUAAGUUUAUCGUCGAAAAAGAAAAAGACGGUACACUUCCUUUUCUGGACCUGUACAUUACCCGGAAGGAAGAUAAUCGGCUAAAGUUUGGGAUAUACCGUAAACCAACGUCUACGGAUAGAUAUAUAACUUCCAACUCUAAUCACUUCGGCGCACAAAAACAAGCAGCCUUCCACUCCAUGGUGUAUCGUCUCCUCAACAUACCAAUGGAGAGAGAUGAUUACAUAGCGGAGAAAAAUAGAAUCUACCAUGCUGCAGAGCUGAAUGGGUACAAGAGAUGUUUUGUGGAGAAAAUCCUUUGGAAACACGAGAAGAAGAAAUGGAGAAAAAACAACACCACAUUAGAGCCUGAGAAAGAACAACACAAAAGGAUCAGCCUACCGUACUAUCCCAAAAUAACCAACACAGUCCAGUCUACACUCCGGAAACACGGAUUUCAUGUGGUGUACAAAAGUGAGAGCACCCUGAAAGACCUUUUGUGCAACCUGAAAGAUAGAAUUCCACCGGAUGAAAAAUCAGGGAUCUAUCAGAUUCCCUGCAAAGACUGUACUAGUGUAUACAUCGGUCAAACUCGCCGGAAAUUCAAAAUCCGCCUACGUGAACAUAAGAAUGCGGUGGAUAAUGAACGAGACACCGUCCAGUAG